AUGACAAGUAAUCCGGGUGAAAUACUCAAUUUAAAAGUUAUGGCUUUAUCUCUCCCAUCAACUGAUAUGCAGAUAUCUACACUUAGCCUAUUACCAAAUAAUUCAGAAUAUAUUCCGGAUGAUGAUAUUUGUGUAGAUAAUAUGUAUUCAUUGCUAAUUCCAACAACUGAAAUAAUAAGUGUUAAUAGUCGCAAUAUAUUAUAUAGUAAUGAGGAUAAUUUGCGUGAUAUUGAAAUUGGGAAUUCAAUCAAUACAAUAAUUAAGGAGCGAGUAGAUGAAGUAGGCUUAUUUAAUUUAACAUGUCAGAUCUACUUCAUUGUUAAUGGUUCAAAACUAACUCAAAAAAGGUCAUACAAAUUUGCAGUCAUAGCUCCAUUCAAUAUAUCACAUAGAUUAUUUUAUCACAAUGACAAUUUGAAGAAAAGCAAACUUUGUUUUAUUGAGGUAUCUCUAGAAAAUAUAACUCAUCAAAGCAUAUCACUAGAAAAAUUAGAUAUACAAAAUUGGAUAGAUGAAAAAGGGAAUAAGCAGAAUAUCCAAGUAUCACAAUUAAGUACUACACAAUUCUAUGAUGAAAACUGUAAAAAUACUUCACAAUUAUUAUAUAAUAGUGGAGUUAUUGUUUUACGUCCAAGAUCUAGAUAUAAUCAAAUAUUCUGUAUAUCUCAAUCUCUUUAUAAGGAAUCUAUAAAUAAUAUUGAUAAAUAUAUAACAGGGCAGCUAUCUAUUUCUUGGAAAAGCAAAACAUAUGGUGAUGCUUUUAUGAACUCCUACAGUAUUACUUGUCAAGUUUCUAAUGAAGAUAUAUAUAACUUAAAUGGAGUAGCUAUAGAUGUUAUAGUUCCCUCUACAAUUGAAAUUCAAACUAUCUUCACUAUUGAAGUAAUUAUAAUUAAUGAUACUGAUAAAAGAUUGCAUGAUAUUGAAUUAAGUAUAGACAAUGAAGCUUUACUUCCUUUUUGUAUCCUUGGGAUGGAUAUACUUCAAAUUAAAUUUAUGGAACCAAAUCAAAAAAUCACAAUUCCACUACAGUGCAUCUCUUUCACAUCAGGAGUUCAUCCCAUAAAUGGAAUUAAAUUAAUAAAUUCUUCUGGAGAAGAGAUUUGUAAAUUAUAUGGAAAUAAAGAAAUACUUGUGACAUAA